GAAGUGUUGAAUGCAAUGGAUGGAUUUUCGAGGGACUUGCUUGUACCAAAAGAUCCAGAUUUCAAGGAUAUUCCACCUCAAAUUGCUAAUGAUGAUAGAUAUAUGCCUCAUUUCAAGAAUUGCAUCGGAGCUAUUGAUGGUACACAUAUUGCAAUAACGGUUCCAGAAGAGGAUCAAUUGCGCUAUAGGGGACGGAAAGGGAUACCAACUACAAAUGUAUUGGCAGUGUGUGACUUUGAUUUGCUAUUCACUUAUGUUUUAACGGGUUGGGAGGGAUCAGCUCAUGAUUCUCGCAUUUUUCUAGACACG